AUGACUUCCAACAUGAACGAUUAUCUUGCCAAGAAGAAGCAGGUUUUCGACGCUUUGGACAAGUUGGAUAACAGUAGCGACGAUGAGCCUGACCUGGGGCGACAAGCGUCUGAAGACGCGCUGAAACGCGCUGCAGCGAGAGGACAACAGAAACACGCUGCGCUGGCAUCGAAAGCAGAAAAGCGUCCUCUCGCUCGCUCCAUCUCUGAUAACACCGGAGCCUUUCAGGGGAGGGAGGCGAACCAAGAUGCAACUAUCAACUCGUCUCCGCCAAAGAACAGCGCUGCGCGCGAGCGAAGGUCAGUUGUUCCAUCGUCAACCGAUCCGAAGAGUGCCAACGUUCCGCCAAAGCCGCCACUACCUCGCGGACUGAGACAGACUGUCAGCGACAUCAGUUCUGGCCAGCGAAGCAAGCCGGGUACAACACAAGUGACAGGCAAGCGGAAGCGUGAGGCGUCAAUCAAGCUUGUACCAGAAGCGAUACAGGUCUUUCGUGAUCUGCACUUUUACUUCUUCCCAAACAAUGACUCAGCACCUGCUCGCCGGAUGCGCAUCACAAAAGCUCGCGAAUAUGGCGCAGUAUGGCACCAGACAUGGGGUAAAGAUAUCACGCACGUUGUCGUUGACAAAUCUAUGACUUUUGACGACUUGAAGAAAUGGCUGAAAGUGGACAGCAUUCCGCAAAGCGUGAUCGUGGUCAACGACGUAUAUCCCGCCGAAUGCAUUACAUACGGCGUGCUUCUUGAUCCAUCGCCUACCCGAUUUGCAGUCAAAGGCUUUGUGCCGCCCAAAACUUCUGGGAUAGACUCAGUCGAAUCUGACAAGUCUCUGAAACUGAAACCUGCGAAAGGCAAAGCCCAAAUGGAAAGACGAGCUGAGACUCCACCAAGAGAGGACGAGCUUGCCGCAGUCGCUUCUGCGGUUGUCGCCGGACAUCCGGUCGAUGAUUCACUGGACGAUCCGGCACGCGUCGCCAACAGCUUUCAAUUCUCCAGCGUUGCAAGCAACAGCGAACUAGACGAUGCGAUCGCAAAAGCCAAAGCACUUCAAGCCAUACACAUUGGUGAAGAAGAGGAUGAAGAUCGACCCAACAGCUCUGAAGGCUUGGGGUCUGGAGAGCAAGAGAAGAAGCCAGGCUUGCAACUUGUGGCCACGCGCAAGACCAAGUUCAAAGAGGCGCGAGACAGAUGGCAGUGCAUGCAAAAGAAUACUGGUGCCAAUUCAGACAACCCAAACAGCGGUACUAUCGAAAUUUUGCAGCAAAUGGCAGACUAUUACGGCCAGACAGGCGAUGAAUGGCGGAUCAGAGCCUAUCGCAAAGCAAUAGCGACUUUGAAGAAUCAUCCGAUCAAGGUCACCACGAAGGAGGAGGCCGGAGCGCUUCCAAACAUCGGACCACGUCUGGCCGAGAAGAUCGAAGAGAUUGCUUUCACAAACCGCCUCAGAAGACUCGAAAACGCCAAAGCAGAACCUUCGGACCAACUCCUGCAAACUUUCAUGGGUGUAUACGGCGCAGGAAUCAAGCAAGCAACCGAAUGGGUCCACCAAGGCUACCAAACCCUCGACGACCUCCUCGCCAAAGCUCCUCUCACCACCAACCAACGAAUCGGCAUCGAACACUACACCGACUUCAACUCCCGCAUUCCCCGUUCCGAAGUCGCCCAACACGGCGCCAUCGUACGCAACGCUCUCAAACAACUCGAUCCAACAUUCGAAGUCAUCAUCGGCGGCUCCUAUCGCCGCGGAGCCUCCGACAGCGGCGACAUCGACUGCAUCAUAACCCGCCCCAACACCGGCGCCGCUCACCUCCGCAACAUCAUAAUGAAUCAACUCGUACCGUCCCUCACAGCCCAAAACUUCCUCGUCGCGAACCUUGCCAUGAAAUCCAAAGACGAUGGAAGUAAAUGGCAUGGAGCAUCCUGUCUACCAGGUAGUAAAAUCUGGCGUCGCAUGGAUUUACUCCUUGUACCUUCGGACGAAAUUGGGGCCGCGUUGAUAUACUUUACCGGAAAUGACAUUUUCAAUAGGUCUUUGAGGUUGUUGGCUAGUACGAAGGGGAUGAGAUUGAAUCAGAGGGGUUUGUAUAAGGAUGUUUUGAGGGGGAAGGGGAGGGAGAAGUUGGCGGAGGGGACGCUUGUGGAGGGGAGGGAUGAGAAGAGGAUUUUUGAGAUUCUGGGGGUGAAGUGGAGGCCGCCGGAGGAGAGGAUUUGUUAG